GCGGCCGCAUACCCUCGACGCGGCGGCCAUCAUGAAAGAGAAGAGCAAGAAUGCAGCGCGCUCAAGACGCGAGAAGGAGAACGCUGAAUUUCUAGAACUAGCCAAACUGCUGCCACUACCAUCUGCUAUCACAUCACAGUUGGAUAAAGCUUCUGUUAUCCGGUUAACUACUAGUUACUUGAAGAUGCGACAGGUCUUUCCAGACGGUCUAGGAGACGCGUGGGGCGCAGCGCCCCCUCCACCCCAGCCUCGUGAGCUAUCAAUACGAGAGCUGGGCUCUCAUCUACUCCAGACGUUAGACGGAUUCAUCUUCGUCGUUGCCCCUGAUGGAAAGAUUAUGUACAUCAGCGAGACCGCGUCUGUACACCUUGGACUUAGUCAAGUGGAGCUGACAGGGAAUUCAAUUUAUGAAUACAUACACCAGUCAGAUCACGAAGAAAUGAAUGCGGUUCUCAGCCUACAACACCCACAUUCAUAUCUAGGACACCAAUAUCCCACCAUUGGGUAUCCAGUGGGUGGCACGUGGGGCCCAACGGUGGACAUAGAGUGUGAACGAGCCUUCUUUAUCAGAAUGAAGUGUGUUCUUGCCAAGAGAAAUGCUGGACUCACCACUUCUGGUUACAAGGUAGGAGUGGCGACGUUGACGGGGUAUGAGCCUCAAGAUCUAAUCGAAAAGACUCUGUACCACUACAUCCACGGGACUGAUGUACUGCAUAUGAGAUAUUCACAUUGCACAUUAUUAACCAAAGGGCAAGUUACCUCUCGGUAUUACCGCUUUCUGACCAAAUCCGGUGGCUGGGUGUGGAUGCAGAGCUAUGCCACAAUUGUCCAUAACUCGCGUUCCAGUCGACCGCACUGCAUUGUCGCCGUCAAUUACGUACUCAGCGACAUAGAAGAGAAGCACCAGAUCCUUAACAUCGAGCAAUGCGCACCAAAGCACGACGCGCCCACGCCGUCGCACAUCACCACGCCCACCAUCCCCCACGUACGACAUCCCGAGAAGAUCACCAACGACGACUAUAGCGCGGAUUCCUACAACUACCCGGAAUACAACAUGCCUGGCCUUUCCUCCGUACCUUCGUACGUAGGAGAAGACUUCGACCACCAGAACGGAUACCACGAGUUGUUUUACAACGAAAACUACCCUGAACAAGAAGUGUUAGCUAAUAACUACUAUCCUCAAAACCAGAGGCCUUUCUCGGCCAGCUCCAGUUCGUGUAGCUCCAUCGAAAGUUCAGAGGUAAACCAACAGUAUAACUAUACCAAUUUAAUAUCUUUUUACGGGCAUAAUGGCCAACAGAAUGGUAGGGUAGAAAAUUUUCAGGGUAACUUUGGUAAGGUGACACCGAGCCCCAAUAUACAGGAAGGGGGUUACACUAGUGUUAUUGUAGAUAACACGCAGCAAUUUCAUCAUCACGGCGGCAGUGUCAAUGAGUUUGUACACUGAUAGAUGAAGAACGAGAGCUAAACAGAAGCUCUGGAAAUCGAAAAAUAUUGAAACUUCCUAACAAAAUUCAAAAAGUGUCGAAAAAUCUGGAACCUUCCUUACAAAAUUCAAAAAGUCGUCGAAAAAUCUUGAAC